AUGUUAAGAAUCGCUGCUAGUCCUAUUUACGGGAUGGUGUACCUCUUCACCGAGUCAUUUACAGUCGUGUAUAGUGACUUCGGCGUCAACUCAAGGGCGACCUCGCUCCGCUUCGUUGCAGUGUUGCUUGGGACCCUGCUCAGCGGCGUGGUCCGCUUCUGGGAUCAUCACAAGCUGAACGCCCGACAGAAAUCCGGCCAGCGACCAGAGCCUGAAGACAAGAUUGUCGGCUUCGCGAUUGCUGCGCCAGCCCUCGCCGCCGGCGUAUGGACUCCCGGCUGGACCGUUCCAUCCCUCGUGCACUGGAUCGGAUCCAUGUUCAGUCUCGUUCUCGUCCGUAUUGCGGCUUCUGACCGAGUCUGCUGGUAG